CAUCAAGCUUUUGUUUCUAACUGAGCCUGACAGUAAGCCUGUCUGCUGAAGGAGCUCCACUGCACGGUCAAGAGAAUGGCCAGCGUGGCGUGCGUCACUAAACAGGGCUCUGUGGAAAAAUGAAAGGAGGGGAGGAGAAAACACUGACCGGGGAGGUGGGCACUGUGAGGAACCUGUGACCUGGACAAAGAGGAAGAGGAAGAAGCUGUGCGGUCUCUGAGAGGGAACUAUCAAGUUCAUUUGGUGUUGUUUGGGUUUUUUUUUUUUUUGUGAUCUUGAGUUUUUUUGGGGGAUAUGAGUUGUAUUCCAGCUUCACACAGUAUGAACGCCAUUCUCAGUCAAGUGGAUUCACAGAUGGAUGAGGACUCAGGCCAGAGAAGAGGCAGCAAAGCCUAUCAGAUUUUUCCUGAAGUGGAUAUGGAUGACAAUGCCGAUUAUCCGGAAGAUUUCCUGUACAGGCGGGAGCGCCUCCCCUCCAUUGUUGUGGAGCCUACCGAGUGCUGUGAGCAGGAGAGCGAGGGGCCGCCCUGGCCUCUCUAUCAACUGAGCAUGGACGAGGAGGGGGAGGACAGCGGCGCCGAACCCACAGAGGGGCCUGCAGAUGGAGAGCAUCAGGAGGACAUGCAGGAAGGCUCCAACAGUCGGAAGUCCUCCAUCGUCACUUCCCAGAGUCAACUGUCCCUGUCUCGACUGACCCCACCUGCAUCCCCUGCUGCUCCCGAAGCGGCCCCACCCGGCUUGAGGAGCUGAAUCGGUGUAAAGACAAACGGCUGCAAUGAACUCUGCUCGCUGCCCCAUUCAUGAUUUUUCUCCCCGUCUGUCACCACCAGAAAGAACGCACACUCAGAAGUAACAAAAUCUGUUUUAUUCACAUUUUUUUCUCCUUUCUAAAUAUAUAUCAGCCCCUCUGCAGCUUUUAGAUUAAGACACUGCACACUCUUGUUAUCAUGCGUUCUGUUCGAUUGGAUUAAGAGGGACUACAGAUGAGGAUGCAGCCAGAGAUUUCAGAUUAAAUUCAGAUCCUUAAUCCAGGUGUUGGACUUUUGUGUGACCAUUCGAAUGUGUUUCUCUCUUUAAAGGGACAGGAUGUACUGCCCUGUUGUUGUUUUUUUUUUUUUUUUAUCUUAAUUCUGCAGGAUUGGUGAAAACAACAUCUGCAACAUAAAUCGAAAAAUUUAGAAAAGUCACCCUAUUUCUAUUUUUUUAUCCUGCAAACAUUGUUUCUGCAGGAAUGCAUCUUGGGGAUCAUCUCCAAUGGUCUGAUCUCCACGAUUCAUGAGUUCUUUUUGUGCCAGAGCUAAAUGAAAUGAAGUACUUUGCCAAAAAAAAAAAAAAGAAAAAAGAACCCAGCAAAUUGAUUUCUAAUCCAAUUAAUUCACAGGAUAAAUGAAAGGUUAACAGGAAUCUUUUUUUUUUUUUGUAGAUGGAUAAAUCUGAAACAUCUACAUUUCCAUCUUUUUCCUUAAAGUUGGAUCAUUUUUAUUUUAAUUUUUUGCAUAGCCCAAAUACACAACAACAGUCGUCUAAACAGUGCAAUAAACUGAAAAAAAGCCCUUUAACUUUUGCGUAUGUCCAGUGUGCAAGCUGGAAAAGAAAAAUGUUGAUGUUGUACAUACAUAUAGCUGAUUUAAUGCAACAUUUCUUCCGUAAAUGCCUCUAUUUUACUUAUGUCUUCAUGUCAUCUUUGAGCUGACAUGCUUUAGCAACAAGAGGGAAGUAGAGCAAGACGUUUCCCUUGCAUCAGGUCCAGUCACAGAACAUUUGUGUUUGUUGUAACAAUGCUCCUUGGUAAUAAAUCCUUCACUGUUUAAAACUUUGUUUGUUUCCCUUUUAAAUGGACCACGUUUAAAGUACAGUCCUGUCACCUGCUGCAGAAUUGAGUAUCUGUGUUGCAAAAAUGUAAACAAAAAUCUUUAUAAUUGUGUAUUGAUGUGGCAAAUAAAAAAUAAAAUA